AUGAUUUACAGGGAGAAGGCGAUUCCAAUUGUAUACAGUGCUCAAGAUGCUGAAUGUGAUUUUACCAAAGUUCAUGAAAUAUUUCAUCAUGGUGCUGUUGUUGAUGUUAAAGGAUAUCUCGGACAAACAACAAAAAGUGCUCAAUUAUUAAUUUAUCCAAAAGAUAUAAUAUUAUUUUCAUCCUCAACAAGAUCAAGAAUCACGUUAUCAACAACGAUUUUAGAAGUCGAAACUCCUAUGAUGACAUCUAGUGGAGCAACAGCCGAGUUUAUAAGACAGUUUCAUAAUGAAUCAAGUAUGGUUAAAAAAAUUAUUGGUAAACCAAUAAUUAAGUAUCAAUGUAGCAACAACAAACAUGAAAAAUUUAGAGAUAAUGGGUCCUCAGAUGUUACCAGUCAGCUAUUUAUUGUUGUUGUUAUUGGAUAUCUGAUUGUAAAACGUCAAAAACUGAUAUUAACAAUCGUUCCCACCUCUGUUCCCACCUCUAACCAUUCGUUCCCAUUAUUAAAUCGUCAAGUAAUAAACAUGAGCACCGAAGCUGAUUCUUUAUAUGCUUCUACUAUUCUUACUCCACCAUGCUCACCUCAUUUACCACCUGCUUUACAAGGAUAUAGUAAAUUAAAGGAACAUUUUUCUCAAUCGGAUAAACAAACAAUUUCUUUUCCUUGUUUAGAAAGUUUAUUUUUUGAAGUUUUUAAAGGACAUAUCCAUCACUAUAACUAUCGUUCUGGCAAUUACAAGUGUUUAUUUCAAGAGGUAGAAGCUAAUAAAGAAGGAAUUUUUGAUUUAAGUGGAAAACGAAUUCCAAAAAAUCAACUAAAAAAAUUUAAGCUACCUAAAUUAUAA